CGACGUUUGCCCACUCGCGUCGCAAGAAUAGAAGUCGCUCAUGCCUUCCUCCCUUCCUCCCCCCCCGUAAAUGUAAUACGAGCCGACUCCCCGAUAUAGAGCGCUUUCUUUGCGGCGCGCGGUGGCCUAUUCUCGGCGUCGCAUUUCGCACCCUCGCGCGGUGAUUCUCGCGUUAGACUCUUUGCGGAGGAUUUUAGUUGUGCUUUCCUCGCUUGCGCGCUUUUCCUCCCCUCCCUCCCACCUCUGCGCGCAGUGCGCACAAAUAAACCUUGGCUGGGCGCGGAAAAGUGCAGGCGGGAAGGUGCAGCUUGGAACGUGGACGGACCUUCGACUCGUCGAGCGCAAAGUCCGCGGCGGUGGAAGUUGGUCGCGAGACGAGUCGGGUCGGUCGAGAUACGGCCCGUUCGAGAUCGAGAAAAGUAUCUCUAACCAAUAAAUUUUUCCAACGAGAGAUUUCUCGCGGUCACGAGAUGAUAUUGUUUGUUAUUGUUGCGCGCGGAGGUGAUUCAGGAGAUAUUCCAGCUGACCGAUGAUUGACGUCUAAUGUAUUUCUGAUCGCAUCUAAUGUAAAUCGUUCUAACGUAAUUGUAUUAUUAACGAAGGUAUAGCGUUAAGGUUACCGACGCGCAUCGGGACGGAAUUCCCGAUACGCUGCGAGAGAGAUACUUUUAAUGAUCGGGGCAGCUGCCAGCGGCAGACACGCGCACGUGUUCCGCGUACGUACGCAUCGUCCGCAGGUUAUUUUCGGCCACUUCCCGUGAGUGUGUCAAAGGGCAAGGCUAGGCGGCGGCGGGACGGAGCGGCGGUCUGGGAGCUCUGCCAGUUGGCUCUCGACUAUGCUGCGCGACGACAGCCGGUCCGACGUCUCCUAAAGUCGCAACGGUUUUCCGGAAAAUUGCCUUCCCGUCCGGCGUGGGCACAUCGGACGACAUCGGAGCUACUGGAGCCAGUGGUAUCGAAACGCGCAUCACCAGUCUUCGACUUCUGUAGAGAGAGAGAGAACGUUCUACUUUUCUUCUCCUUUUCUUUCCUCUCUGCCUCCUUCGAAACAGCACCAUGAGUAUCCCGGAGGGUGUCGCGAAGUGCGUGGCGAUACUAAAGGCGGUGGACACGGACUCGGAGAAGUUCGCCGCGCUGUUCAUGGUCACCAAGCUGGUGAACGGCAAGGAUUGCGACUCGGCCGCCAAGAGGAUGCUCUUCGAAGCGAUCGGGGCGAAAUUCCUCAAGAAGCUGCUGUCCAGCACGAGCGUCCCCGUGGACUGUCCGCCGCAGGUGUACAAAUCGGUGGCGUUGUCCGUCCUCUCCGCGUUCUGCACAGAGCCCGAGUUGGCCUCUCAUCCCGACAUGGUGGGACACAUCCCGGCGCUUCUGGAGAUAGUGUCUCAGGCCGACGAGGACGCGCCGGACGACAUGCUCAUCAUCGUCAGCGAGGCUUACACUUGCCUGCAGUGCAUCGCGCAGCAUCCCCCCGGGCAGAGAGCGUUGCUCGAGCAGAAGGCGAUCCCGAAGAUGUGCGACAUUUACGCGGAGAAGAGCUUUCAGACGGACGAGGCCUUGAAUAUUCUAGUCACGCUGGUCAGUACGUUUGGACCGGAAGCUUGGGAUCCGACGGACACCGCUCCGUUCCACGCUAUAAUCAACAAGAUAGCCCUGGACUUCGAGACUGAUCAUACGGAGAGAAAAUUCGAGCUAUGCACCAUUCUGCAGGCUCUGUUGCAGUCCUGCAGGAAGGAGGUGAUAUCCGCAAGUGCGAAGGAGGAAUCGUGGCCUCUGAGCAUUCACAAGGGUCUGAGCGAUAUUCUGGGAUCGAAGAUAGGCAAGAAGCAACGGGAUCCAGCCUUGAAACUCGCGUCCGUGAUGAUAGAUCUGUUGGGCGCGGAUUGGGCCAUGUGCGACAAGGAUAAGCCAAAGAUAUAUUUCCUCUUGCUCAUUCAAUUGGCGGCGAUCGAGGUCAGGAUGCAGCUGGAGGACAAGCAGCUUAAAACUGUACUCGAGAACGCCGACCUGAUCACGGCUUGCUUUAUCAUCCUCGAGGUCUCGAUCGGCUACAUCGUUACGGAUCAGCUGGAAUUAGAGCAGAAGGAGAAGCAGUCUCUGUACACGGCCCUGAAGGGCGCCUUCGCGGCUGUUAUCGGCCUGCUGAGUUCCGUGUCGAAGAUGAAAACGCUGACGAACGUGAGGGAGAAGAUGUUCGUGUGCGCCGUCGUCAGGGUGCUCACCGCUUGGAUGGCGCAGGAGACGAGUGCGAUGCGCCCGCAGGUUUACGCCGUGCUACCGUACGUGCUGACGGUGGCCAACGAUACGUUUUACGCGCAUCGAAACAGGAAACUGGCCGAGAAGGUCAAAUGCAAAGCUAAAGCGGACGAAGGAACGUCGUCCGCUGAACCGACCGUUCACGAUCCGCUAAGCGAGACCGACAUAUUGAGACUACUGCUGCCCGCCCUGUGCUACUUGGCCGUGGAGGAGCCCGCCAGGAAGAUUCUUCUUCAGCACAAGCAGGACGAGAUUCUGUUCGAGUGUCUCUCCUACCAUUGGACCAUCGUGCACUACAAGAAGCCGCCGGUGCCGAGAUCGGAGCGUCUGAAACUACUGCAGGACGGCAAUCGCACGGAGGAGCUGGAUCGGCAUAUUCUCGAGGAGAUGAAGGAUUCCAGGACCGCGAUGGUGUCCCUCUGCAACGUCCUGAUGAACAUCACCGUGCUCGAGUCGAAGCUGGUGGAGGAGUCGCCGACGUUCAUUUCGCUGCUCAAGUUCAUCUACAAUAAUCUGCCGGAGCUGAAGCAAAUCCCGGAGAACCUGGUGCUGCACGGCCAUCUCGCGGUCCUGGGCCUGUUGCUGAUGAAGCAGCAGGCAAAGCGCAUCAAGAAGACCGACUUCUCGAUAUGCCGUUACAUCCAGGCCACCAUAAGAUUUCUGUGGGACGCGUACAUCAUCGACGAGAGCAACGAUCCCACCGAGCUGGUGGUCUCCAUGUCUUACAAGGAGCACUGGAUGGAGCUGAUGGAGCUCUGGUUCCUGGGGAUGCAAACGAUGGCCGGCGUGCUGCAAGUGAUACCCUGGCUGUCGCAAUUCACGAUAGAGUCCGGCUGGGCGGAGGAGAUCAUCGAGACGCUGAAACGAGUGAAGAUCGGCGGUCUGGAGCCGAAUGUCAAGUCCGCCUUCGAGGAUCUGCUGUGCCAUUUGGUCAAGGCCGACGAUAGCGUCGCGUCGGUGUUGAAAAAAUGCGGCGCGUUAACCGUCUGUCGAAAUCAUCGCAUGAUGGAGCUUGGAAAGCGUCUCUUUGGAGAUUAAAAUUGAGCCCUGAGAAUAUUAUUGUAUAAGCUUUUCGGGGGUUUUUUUUGUAUUGUACGAGCGAUGUAAAAAAAGUCAUGCAGAAUUGUAGAGAUAGCGAAGAAUUUUAUUAAGGCAAGAUUAAUUAAUCGAACUUUUGUAUAAAGAGAUCAGAAUCUUCGUGGUUUCCUUUAGUAUCUCGCGACUUGAAUUUAUUAUUUUACGCGUCUCCUGCAUAUACGAUAUUCGAAAUGCGUAGUGCGCGUAGUCCAGUGUAUAUUUAGAUGGCAUCACGUCUGGAAAUAGUUUGCUGGCAAGCAAGAAAGCUGAGAAAACGUAUAUCGCUCCGAGAAACUUUUCGUAAAUCAUGUAUACGGAGGUACAUGCUUUUACGUGAGACUUUAAUAUGUAUAUUUCGUUUGUACGUGAAUUAUUAUCACAGGUGUGUGCUCCUUUUUACUUCGCCACAUUGCGAAAGCGGAGAUUGUUGUAUUGAUGUUGCAGUCCUAAGAUGAUUUAACUUAAGAAAAAAAAAUUUUGUAACAAUAGAAAUUACUUUCCUAUUAAACGGAAGAGUUUUGUAAGA